CUUAUCAAGGUCACGUGUGACUAUCUAGGGGUUGAGCGGGCUGUCGCAGCUUGGGCGUACCCCGAUUGCGGAUGUACCGAGUGCCGACGUACACGAUACUGUUUCCUUUGUUACGUCGCUCCAGGUAAUCACUGGUAAUUCACGACUUCUCGUCUGGGUUUCAUCCAUCAAACCACAGUCUGUCAUAUCGACGGCCGGUUUCAUCCCAAAAUUUUGUGCCAUGUCUACUGUUGCGUCCGACAACCUUAUUCCGUCUGCCAGUUUGAUUCUUGUCAACGAGUGCAACGAAGUCUUGCUCGUCCAGCGCAGCACGCGGACACGCUCAUUCGCAGGGAUGCAUGUCUUUCCUGGUGGCAAUUUUGACACCGGACGCGAUACAUCCUUGGCGAUAACUGCCAUCCGCGAGACAUUUGAAGAAACAGGAGUCCUCCUUGCAUCACCCACGUCACCCCAAGCUCUAAGUAAGUCUGAUCUGGAGCGGGAUAGAAGCGCAGUCCACCGUCAGGAAUUGGAUUUUCAAGCUUUCCUUCUCCGUCACAAAUGCGUGCCAGCUUUGAAAUCUCUUCGUCCCUUCACAACAUGGAUUACCCCGCUCACCUCCUCAAGGCGCUUCCGCACCCAGUUCUUCAUUUCGUUCUUCCCGACCUGUUCAGAAGAGCAUUCCUCCGGGACGGGUAUAGGCAGGGUCCCCACGACAGAUGGCGGAGAAGAAGUCCAGUCGACUUGUUUUCUCCAUCCCCGCGUCGCAAUCGCAGAAUUCAAGAAAGGAAACAUCAACCUCGCACCUCCCCAGUAUUACAUCCUCGAAACGCUGCGCCAGUUGCUCCCAGGUGAUGUCCAAACACCUGAGGAACGUGAAAAGUUGAUUCUGUUGUCUCAGAGGCCUUUUGGCCGAUUGGUUAUCCGACCCAGGUUGUAUCAAGACCCGGUAUCCAGUGCGACGAUGUUUCUAUACGAAGGUGAUGAGUUGCGUGGUGGCCCAGUGGGGCAGCUGCACAGGGUCCUUGUGAAGCAGAACGGUACGGUUUUUUUGGAGAUCAAUUUGCAGCGCAACUUCGACAUUUUCACAGUCGAUGUCUCUGAGGCGCCUGGGACUACUGCUACGAAAUUGUGAUAUUACUUGUGUAAUUCAUACCCAAUCUUGUCACAUAUAUUUGAUGAGGCCCGCGAUCCAUGUAUUAUUGUACUUGUCUGGGAGUAAAGCGCUUGCCGUUCAUCGUGUAUGUCCAUUUCACUGUUUUCAUAGGUGUAGCAAGUAUACUGAAUAAAUAGGUGUACAAAUCUG